AUGGCGGUGUUCGAUGAAACGGACAACACGGUGAUACGGAAGAAAAUAAAUGGAAACUACUCUACCAAUGCAGAACUUCUAGCUAUCUCCAAAGCUGUAGACGUGAUAUCGGAAAAGAACUACAAAAAAGCAGUUAUCUUCACUGACUCGCAGGGAUCAUGCAAGAUGCUACUGAACAACAACAUAGUACAAGAAAACUUCAUAGCAUGGCAGAUAAUUAAAAGUCUGAAAUUGACGAUAAACAAACGAAUCCUUAUCCAAUGGAUCCCGAGCCACCAAGGGAUACCAGGGAAUGAGAGAGCAGACAAAGAAGCAGUAAUCACCACCAGUGAACCCCAAAAUGAUUUCACUAGCCUUCCACUCGCUGAUGUCUACACCUUGGCGAAAAACGAAAUCAAGGAAAGCUGGACAAGAACAUACCAAAAACUUUCCGAAGAAAAAAGAAAAUGGCAUUUCGAAUUCAUGAACGAACCCGGAAACAAAAUUUGGAGCCACACGCUAGCCCUAUCUUCGGAAGAAAAAAUCAUUCUAAAUCGGAUCAAAACUGGAAACACCCUCACCAAAGAGCGUCUGUACCGUUGGGGAUGGGAAAGCGACGAACUCUGUGAUAUUUGCGAGGAAACAGAAGAUCUACAGCACAUCCUAUACUUCUGCACAAAGUACAACAACCAAAGAGUGAAUUACCCAAUCCUAGAGUAUUGCAAACCACUGAGAGAUGUACUAAAAGAAAACAUAGAAAGCGGUUUGAAGGAAAUAGUCCACUACCUGAAGAAAAUUAACAUACAUCUCUAA